AACAGUUGGCUUAGCGUUGCCUGGCAACCAAUCAACAAACAGUAUCACGGGAGUAUAUUCACUCGAAAACUCCUGAAACAGCAAAAACCUGCCUACGAUAAGGUUCACUACACAUAUUGAGGACAAAUUCUAGUUUAACCUUUCGCCAUGGAAGAUGAUAAGGAAAAGAAAACCGAUGAGCUACUGAAUCGCAUCCGAACGGAACUAACUGCGAUCUUAGAGGGCGGAGCCUCUGGCAAUCCAGAAAAAAAGGUCUCAGACGAGAUGCUUUUGAGUCCCAACCCGCUGCCCAUCUUUGGUCCUUUAAAGACGAAUAAGACCAAGAAAUCUGAGAAACGCUCCUCAGCAGGGAGUGAGAAGCGCUCCUCAGCAGGCUGCGAGAAACGCUCUUCAGCAGGCAGUGAGAAGCGCUCCUCAGCCGGAGAGGAAGCUUCAACCGAUCGUUUAGCUGGGGGCGAUAACCAGAAGGAUGCAAAUGCCCCUUCAAGCUCCUCGACUUCUUCGUUCAAUAUGGCAUCCAUGAGCCAAUACGAGACUCUUCCAAAAGAUCCCAAGUUCCGAUCCGAUUUUAUGGAAUCUCAGGCCGCCAAGAGCAUAGACGACGAUCUGCAAAAAAUGCAGCUGGAGCUGAAAAAGAGCUACGAGCUCUUCCAGGGAAUUGGCGAGAAAUUUGAGUCUGUGAACUUCACGGGAUUGAAGAAUCGCAUCCGGGAUUUACAUUUGAACGAUUCGAACAACGAGAUGGGGAAGAUGACCACCAUGGAGCUGCAGAAGAUGUUCGACACGCGUUUCCAACAGAAUCGCCUGGACAAAUUGACGUCGGACGCCACAGAGGGAUUUCGCCGGCACCCGGGAGAGUUUGGCGACAUUCCGGAGCUGAGCACCUUCUUCCAGGCUUGCUCACAGCUGGAACGGGGCUUGGAUACACUGCGUCAGCAGCGGCAGCGCAACAGCGAACUGGAGAAGCGAAUGUGCUGGGCCACGGAGAUCGCCUACGAUCGCAUGGACGAGAUCCGGACUGCCGUGGGCUCCGAUCCGGAAAAGAACUUCUGAUUAGUCUUUAUUGUUUACGUAUAGUUAUUUGUUCUUCCUAGUUCACUUGGGGUCUUUGCACCCACAACAACAACUGCUAUCACACCAACACAGAUACAGGUGCAAUAUACAGAUACAGCGUUUGAAGUGCA